AAAGCUCGACUAGUGGUCCUAGGAAACAAUCAAAAAGAAGGCAUCGAUUACGAAGAAACCUUCGCGCCCGUCGCCAAAAUGAUUACAGUUAGAGCUUUCUUACAACAAGUUGCGUCUCUUGAUUGGGAAGUUCAUCAAAUGGAUGUGCAUAACGCGUUUCUUCACGGUGACUUAGACGAGGAAGUUUACAUGACAUUUCCUCCGGGUUUUCGCACAGAUGAUAAUAAGAAAGUGUGUCGUCUACGCAAGUCACUCUACGGUUUGAAACAAGCUCCACGUUGCUGGUUUGCCAAGCUUGGUGGUGCUAUGAAAACAUACGGUUUUGAGCAAAAUUACUCCGAUUACUCCUUAUUCACUCUCGAAAAAGGUGAUACUCGUCUUCAUGUCCUUGUAUACGUCGAUGAUUUGAUAAUCACGGGCAGCUCAAUUCACGUUGUUAACAAGUUCAAGCAUUACUUAAGCACAUGUUUUCACAUGAAAAAUCUUGGACCCUUAAGGUAUUUUUUGGGAAUUGAAGUAGCUCGCAGCCCUGAAGGGAUCUACUUGUGUCAACGCAAAUACGCUCUCGACAUUAUCGCAGAAACGGGUCUCAUGGGCGUCAAGCCUAUCACUUUCCCUUUGGAGCAAAAUCACAAGUUGUCUCUUGCAAAGGACGACGCUUUUCAUGAUCCUUCUCGUUACCGCCGUCUUGUUGGUAGGCUCAUAUACUUGGGGAAUACAAGACCAGAGAUGUCAUAUGCCAUUCACAUCUUAUCUCAAUUCAUGAAUAAUCCACAACAAGCUCAUUGGAAUGCUGCUCUACGCGUUGUUCGUUAUUUAAAGAAUAGCCCCGGUCAAGGUAUACUACUUCGGGCCAACACGUCUUUGACUUUAAAUGCUUGGUGUGACUCCGAUCAUGGUGCUUGUCCUAUCACUAGUCGUUCUCUCACCGGCUGGUUUAUACAACUAGGCGACUCACCAUUGUCUUGGAAAACGAAAAAACACGACGUCGUAUCGCGUUCAUCGGCCGAAGCAGAAUAUAGAGCCAUGGCCGACACCGUAAGUGAACUACUCUAGAUCCGUGAACUACUACCAACGCUUGGUAUUGAGGUUACUGCUCCCAUUACUCUUCAUUCCGACAGUUUAUCUGCGAUUAUGCUUGCUGCGAAUCCGGUGUUCCAUGCUCGAACCAAACAUGUCGCUCGGGAUGUUCAUUUUGUCAGGGAUGAGAUUAUUCGAGGUGUCAUCGCUACAAAACACGUUUCCACCACUAGUCAACUCGCAGACAUUAUGACGAAGGCUUUGGGAAGACAACAAUUCGAAGAUUUUCUUGUCAAGCUGGGUGUUUGUAACCUCCACACUCCACCUUGAGGGGGGGUAUUGGGCCUCAUGGGCUUAGCUUAGUUGGUUUUGAUUAAUGUAUUAGGUUAACUUCAUGCUUAAGUUGUAACCUCUAUAUAAAGGAACCAACAUGGAACCUAAACA